UGAUUCGGAACGAUAUCCACGAGAGAGCCCCUUUUUUAUGACCCCCGUCGUACAAGAUACCUAUAUCCGCAGCGCCUCGGGCCCUGCAAGACCACCACUACCUCGCUUUUACCAUUACCCUCACCUUCAUCCUUUGUAACACUACCUCUUCCCCCCCUUGCUCUUGCAUUUACUCUCCGGCGCAAGUUUGUUGCAUUGUGGCAUUUCUCAACUGGACGACAUUAUCAAAUUUGUGCGCAGUUCCGACCCCGUCCAUGACUCCCAUGCGCGGCCAAUGAACAGCACCGGGCGACCAGAAGUCCAUUCGUGAGUGAAAGAGAAGAUCAUCCCACCACCGCAGUACCGAGGAGCAAAAACCAGCGCCAGCCGAACGGCACGCCCGCAAUGGCCAUGGCCAUGAUUUCCCCUUUCUCGGAAGCGCCUCACCAAGCAGCAGCGCAGCCGCAGAGCUACUUCGAGAUCCAAGAUGAUUCCGCGCACGGCGAUACACUUGCGGACAAAUACCAGAUGCUGGAAGAACUGGGUAGUGGCUCGUUCGGCGUCGUCUACAAAGCCAUAGAGAAAGCCACGGGUGAAAUCGUGGCUAUCAAACAUGUGGACCUCGAAUCUUCCGAAGAAGACCUUUCCGACAUCUUGUCCGAACUUUCGGUCCUCUCAUCAUGCUCGAGCCCGCACGUCACAAAGUACCGCCUGGCGUUCCUCCGUCGACAGACUCUGUGGAUCGUCAUGGAAUACCUGGGCGGCGGAUCAUGCGCGGAUCUCUUGAAGCCACCUCCCCAUCGCUUAUCCGAAAGCCACAUCGCCAUCAUCUGUCGAGAGCUGCUCCUCGGCCUGGCAUACUUGCACGGCGAGGGAAAAUUGCACCGAGAUAUCAAGGCCGCAAAUAUCCUGCUCGGCAUGGACGGUCGGGUGAAGCUGGCCGACUUCGGCGUCGCCGCGCAGUUGGUCGGGCUGAAGAGCAUGCGGAACACUUUUGUCGGAACUCCUUUUUGGAUGGCACCGGAGGUCAUUCAGCAGGAAGGCCACGACGCCAAAGCCGACGUCUGGAGUUUGGGGAUCACGGCCAUGGAGCUGGCAAACGGCGAGCCUCCGCACGCCAACGUCCACCCCAUGAAAGUCCUAUUCUUGAUCCCGAAACAGUCGGCGCCGAGGCUGGAAGGACCCGGGUGGUCCAAAGACUUCAAAGACUUUGUUGCUUGCUGUCUCACCAAAGAUGUCGACAAGAGGAAAAGUGCAAGGGAGUUGCUCAGCCAUCGCUUCAUCCGGUCGGCUGGAAAGAUCGAGGGGCUCCAGGAGCUGAUCGUCCGGAAGCAAGACUGGGAAGCCAGCAAGGGAGGAGACAGAAACCUGAAGUAUUACGCUGAAACGUUGAAAAACCUGUCGCAGGGCCGGAAUGACGAUGAUUGGGUGUUUGAGACCGUCAAGGCCGUGCCGACCAUGAGUUUCAAAGACUUCCACACCCAGCGGAAGAGGAAGGUGGAGAGAACGCCAGUCGACGUCCUGGGCGAUGGCUUGGAGCAGAGCGCCGCACAGAUGAUGGAGGAUUUGACCCUCGACCGGCGUACAGAGCCUGAACAGAGUCCGACCAAGCUGACGAUGCGGAAGAUCUCAGAGUCAACACAGCAACAGUACCACAAAGACCGAAGGGACUCUACUGAUUCGUUAUCGGGCAAGAGAACAAACAGAAAGCGACUAUCUAGCGCCCAAGUCCGGCAGCCCCUGGGGGUGAACAUGUCGUUUGGCAACAGCCCGAGCACCGUCCGACAGUUCAGACGGGUAUCGCCCAACGCGAACACCAGCCCCAACACGGAAAAUGAGGACCCGAAUUCUAGCGUCAUUCGAACUCCGUCCAAAGCCAAACCUGGCCUGGCUUCUCUGGUGGACAUUGAAACUUCGCUGCUGUCCAAGCCGGACAAGGCGUCGAGGUUCUCGUCGACCGCCACGACCAUCGCCAUGGAGACCAAGGAGGCGAAUCUAGGCCGCAAGCUCUAUUCCAGCGCAAUUGGCAUCUCGUGUCAAGACGUGCUCAAUGACACCGCCGACGAAGUCAAACGUGAAGCCGUUGCGCGGCUGGCCGAGGCAUUCUCAGAUUUGGAGAGCGUGGAUCCAGACGGCAUGUAUCACAUCAUGCAGUCGAUCAUUUCAAAGAUGAAGCAGGACGAGACGUUGAAAAGUAUGCUACCACAGCAACCUUUAGCGGUCUCGCCGGAGAAGGAAAUGCUGCAGUCGCCUCAGAAGCUAAGUGACCCUUCCCAAAUAUCGCAGCUGGCGACGGCAUCACCGCAACAACCCAUUGGCGCCAACGAAAGCAGACAAGUUACCCCCAGCACACCCACGGGGAAAGGCGCUGUGGGUGCCAAAUUGGUGCUGGCGCAAAACAAUCCACACCUCAAGAGUCAUCGACGGAGGCAGAGUGCACAAGCAGCCAUUGUCAAAUCCCGAGACACAAGUCAGGUCUUUGCCAGUCCGUUAAGAAACACCAGUGUUGAGGAGAAGAGGAGAGCGAGUCUGUUAGAAGCUGAUAAUCAGACGGAAAGUGAGAUGAUGAGUGGCUUAGCAGGUGGGUUGGAACACACGAGACAGCUAGCCGACGCGUUAUUCGAGAGAUGGUGCGAGGGGUUGAGGGUCAGAUGGCCAGCUGUUUAGCAGGAGGGAACGAAGACACCAAAAGUGUUCAUGGAGUCCUGGACACUCAUAUUAUUGGGACCAAAGGGCAUAAGAGGAGGGUGAUGGCCGCAUUCCUUUUUCCAUUUGGAUGUUGGUCCGAAAGCUCCCACCAGCAGAUGCAUGUGAAAAAGUCUACGACGGAAUGGUUUGGGAUUCCCAAUUUGCAUAGCGACAUGGAGUCGGCGCCUGGAUUCGGUCGGAAAGGGGUGUCUUUUGUUUGACUUGCUUGCUCCUUUUCAUUCUCACAUGUCAUCCUGAGGCACAACGGCGCGCGACGUUAUAGCAUCACCACCAUCAUCACCCCGACCAUCACCGAAAGAUCAACAACCGCCUUUGCAUUGAAAGGGACAAGAAAAAGAGAAGACAAAAGUUACGAUCUGAUUUGUUGUUUGCACCAACUUUUUUCACGGCCGAUACAUACGAAUUCUGAGGCGGGGGAAGAACAACGGAGUCUCUCUGGAUGGAUGUGGUUGACUAGAGCCUCAGAAGGGGGGGG